AUGACGCCGCAUCAGAUCCUCUUGCUGUCCUCCCUGGCUCUACCAGCUUGGGCUGGGAUUAACAUCCCAGUGCACGAGCGUCAGUGCGAUGGGGCGGCAUGGGUAUGCAGAAUCGUCUGCAGUCAAGGCAUGCUCGGAGGCAAAGGCCAAAAAGCAAACUGGUGCGUCGCAAAGCAUUGCACCAGGCACAAAGCCGUUGUCGAGAGCAUGAUUGCCGCCGGCCAGGACUAUUGCUCCAAGAACACUUGCUUCAUCCAGGAGACCGAAGCGAUCGGCUUGUUGCAAAGGCCCCAGCAAGGCCGACUGGCUUUAACACAGGUCAAUGCCACGACUACUUGCCUUGACGAGAAAGCAGUCUGUGGCAAGUUCUGUGAUGGACUGAACUCGCCAAAGGACUUCUGCAUGCCCAAGUGCCUUGGCAAUGUGCAUGCCAUCGCAGAUGCCUUGAAGGAGUACUGUGAUGAAUGUGGUUCGCCACCGGACUACAAGACCACCACAAAGAAGGAGAAGACGACCACCGAGGAGCCCACGACCACCACCGAGGAGCUAACGACCACCGAGGAGACCACCAGCGCGGAGCCCACGACCACCACCGAGGAGCCCACGACGACCACCGAAGAGUCCACGACAACCACCGAGGAGCCCACGACGACCACCGAAGAGCCCACAACGACAGACAAGGAGUACAAGACGACAACAGAGGAAGAUGAGACCACGACCCCUGUGUAUCCUCCCAAGAAAGAUGACAAGGAUGACAGGGACGGUCGACGGCGUCGACGGCCCCGCGGGGAUGACGACGGAAAGAAGGACGACGACAAGGAUGGUCGGCGUGGGCGCAAGGACGACGACAAGGAUGGUCGCCGUGGCCGCAAG